AUGAGCGUCCGUAGUCUGUGCAUGCGCGAUGCGCACGAGGAUGAGGACAGCCAUGCGGGCAGCGGCAGCGAAAAGGACAUCAUGAGCGGCAGCGAGGUGCAGGAGGAGGACCAGCAGCAGAGCGACGACGACGGCGGCGGCAGCGGCAGCUGCGGAUUGGACAGCGGGGAUGAGGAUGAGGGCGACACCGGUGGCGGUAGCAGCGACGAGGGCGCCGACCUGGGCGCGCUGGACGAAGGGACUGCCGGCGGCAGUGGCAGCAAGAGCUCCCUCGGCUACCGCGUGAUCACCGCGGGCAGCAUAAAGCGCCUGCAGCAGGGAGCCAUAGACGAGGUCUGCGCUAUCUGGGGCUGUGGCGGCAGCAUCGCCAAGGCCCUCCUAAUGUCCUACAUGUGGGACAAGGAGCGCCUCAUGAGUGACCUCGGUGACAAGGGGCAAGAGCGCGUCUUCAAGGCGGCGGGGCUUGCCGUGGGGCUAAGCGCUGCUGCAGCCAGUACAUCCACUGCUGCUGUCACGCAGACGGGCGGUGUGAUGACGUGCACAGUGUGCAUGAGUGCACACCCCGCAGCACAGUGUGCCAGCAACAGCUGCGGACACGCCUUCUGCUGCGACUGCUGGCAGGGGCACUUGGCGGUGCAAAUCAGCGAGGGCAAGGCGCGGCACGUGGUCUGCAUGAGCUACAAAUGUGGGGUGGUGUGUGAUGAGGAGCUGGUGGACAGGGUCAUACAGGAUGAGCCGCAACUACUGGCCAAAUACCGCCAGAGCCACUUGGAGUCUUACCUAGAGGACAACCCGCGUGUCGCAUUCUGCCCCAGUACGCCCUGGUGUGGCAACGCCAUACAGGUGGAGAGCGACCCCUAUGUGGAGCCGGAGUGCCCUUGCGGCGUCUCGUUUUGCUUCAAAUGCCGCAAGGAGCCCCACUCCCCCUGCACCUGCAAGAUGUGGGAGAUGUGGGAGGAGAAGGUCAGCGGAGACAGUGAAACGCGCAACUGGCUGCAGGCCAACACCAAGCCCUGCCCUAAGUGCUCCAAGCCAGUGGAGAAGAACGGCGGCUGCAACCUCGUGGUCUGCAAAUGUGGCCAGGACGAAAUGGACGCACGCAUGACCGAGGCCGCGCGCAACCACAAGCGCUACAUGUUCUACUUUGAGCGCUUCAAGAACCACGCAGACAGCAUUCAGAAGGAGAAGGCCAACAGAGCCAAGCUGCUGGCACGCAUUGCCGCGAGCGAGCAUGACGGUGUGCACGCGCGUGACUUCAGCUGGCUGGUGGGAGCCGUGGACCAGCUCCGAACAGCCCGCCGCGUGCUUUGCAACAGCUACGCCUUUGCCUACUUCUUUUUUGGCGGGGCUUUGUUCGCGGAGGACUUCACCCCCCAGCAGAACAAGAUCAACCAGGACCUGUUUGAGGACAACCAGGAGAUGCUGGCGGCAGAGGUGGAACGCCUAUCAGGCCUGGCAGAUCGCGCGGCGGAGGGCCUGUCGCUGGACGCCGACCAGCGGUUCACCACCAUCAACUCCAGCACAAAUGUGCGCACGCGCUGUGCCAACCUCUUUUCCAUGAUAGAGGCAGACCUUCUUGCCAAGGUUUCCACCCUCGGAGCUCACAUUGCAGUACCCCGCUUCUGA